AUGUCUCCCAAAUCAAUCGACAAGCCAUUCCAGUGUCCUGCGUGCUCAAGUCGAUUCACCCGACAGGAGAACUUAAAUCGUCAUACGGCAUCAGUACAUCAGCGUUCAAAUCUGAGGCCAUUCCCAUGUCCACAGUGUGAAGUCAGCUUCUCCAGAAGUGAUUUGAGAAAACGCCAUGUGAGAAGAUACCACACAAACCCCGACCGCACUGGUGAGACAAUCCAUCUUGCCAGUCAUGCUGCGCCAGCCGAUGAGCCAACAAAGGAGACAAACAAAGCAGCGAAUGCGAACCGCUCAACCGAUCGUUCAAAUGGCGAAGGUUCAACGCCGAUUUCACAAGUGUUCGCAUCGCGUGGCAUUUCAUGGUUAUUCAAACUUCCUCAAUUUGUAUCAGCUUACUUCGAUCGUUUUCAGCCCACGUUCCCGCUUCUACAUAAGCCAACAUUCGACCUCGAUACGGCUCAGGAGCCGUUGAUACAAGCAAUUGUUUGCCUUGGGGCCAUUUAUCAAUGUCAGGGUUCAGGCCAGGAGAUAAGCGCUACAUUGUUCUCUUUGGGCUUGAAGUCUCUGGACGUAUACGUUCGCGAGAGUCGGCGGGCAAGAUUCAGAGAGUUGUGGGUCAUGCAAGCCUACCUGCUCUUCGAAUAUUACGCAUUCUACAGCUGUGACGAUGGCCGGUUCUCAACGGCUCUCAAGAUCCACAGGAAGCUUGUAGAUGCUGUCCGACAAUACCAGAUGCUUCAAGACAGAGUAGCUCUUGGCGUGGACGAAGUCUCCAGCCCGAACGAACCUACGGUAGCUUCUUCAACGACCGUGACCGAGCACGCCUGGCGAGUUGCCACGUACAACGAGUCAAGAAAGCGGAUUGUGUACUGUCUAUACUACCUUGAUGCUCAACUCUCAGUCUGUUGUAACGUACGUCCGCUGCUCGCAGCUCUCGAAUUGAAAUACGAACUUCCGUGUCAAGACGACACAUGGCAAGCUGCCACAGCCGAAACCUGGCAAGCCCUCAUAUUUUCUCAAGAAGGGUCAUUCAACGAAGAAGACGACUAUGAAGCCAAUGGCGACCCACGCCCUGCGCACGGCGAUCUGUAUGCAAGUCUCAUGUACUUGAUGAAUCCCAACCCGCCAGACCGGCCUCUGCGAUUACUCUGGCACUCGUCUUUCGCAUGUCUCAUGCUCAUAACGCAAAUUUUGAUGAUGAUUCGUGACCUCACCUUGGCAAGCUCGUUCUUGUACAAUAACGUGCGUUGUGGCGAGUCGAAGAACAACCUGUCAAUCAUCUCAGAAGCUAGUCGGACCUCGAUCAUGCAAGCUCUGAACGCCUUGUCGGACAUCAUGCGCAAGCCGUCUCUUCCUGGAGCGUGCCCUCUCAGCAGUCCUCUGGAUGAAUCUGAGUCUGUGGAGUCCAGUCUAUGGAGCAAUGUUUGGAUCGUGUGGCAUUAUGCCGUUAUGAAUCUUACUCAUCAAGAGGCAUUACUCACAAGCGGUAUCGUCGAAUAUAGUCUUCCAUCUGCUGUUUCAACUUGCUGGGAACUUGGUAAACCUCGAGUGAAACAACAUCGAGAUGUGUACGAAGAUAGAGAUGUUAUUCGUGUUGCUAGUAGCCUGGAAAACAUUCUUGUGCUUCUUUCUCGCGACACUAGACCCCUCGGUAUCAGCUUUCAGUUACAAUCUGAAUUCACCCCCAAAUAA